UUGCACGUUUGACGUCACUUCUGGUCUCGGAGCAUUCAUAGCGUUCCUGUUCGUCUUUGUGAUUGUGGCAUGAAAUUGGCUAGUCGUUGUUUAUUGUUAGUUACAUUAGCCUCUUCUGCAAACCAGCCCGAAAACAAACAACACAACGAAGUAGUGGAUCAAGUUUCAACUAAACUGACGGAGUUCAUCCAGCAAACGUGUGCGUCAGCCAGGAUGACAUCAAUAUAUAUGUCCCCGUCCCCUGUGGGUGGGACCAUGGGUGGGACCCGCAUCUGACCCUGGUGUCAUCAACAAGCGCCGUCGUCCUGGAUGCUCCCCAUUCUAAUGGUUAGACUGUUCCUUCCCCUUUUCCUGGUUAUCUUUAUGUUUGGCACUGUCCACUCGCCAUACCGAUCGGAUCGUCGUUCUCCGUUCUGGUUCCUGCCCGCUUUCGCCGCGGGGUCGAUGUCCGGCGCGUUCAGCAGAACCCACGGAGCAUGCGCAGUACGCAUUAAAGAGCGCACCAGUUAAUGUACUCUUCCGCGCACACUGACAGGACACACUGGGCUGCUGUACGGGUCUAAGAGGACCCAGUGGGCUGCUGUACAGGUGAGCAGAAACACGUCUCAUCGUGCUUUAUAUCAGGACUCUGGGUUAUGAAGAAGACUUCUGCAGCAGAAGGAUGAGGAAAGCUUCUGAAGAUGAAUGUUUCCCCUAAAGAGGACGAUGAAGCGGUCUACUUCCUGUCCUGAUGGCGUUCCUCACGGCGAACCUCCUGAAGCGCCCAAAGACUCGGAGGAGGUCCAGCUCCACCCCCCCCCUGUUCCCCCCCGCGCUCCCGACGCGAGCCUCCCCACGCACGGGAUGACCCUGAGACGGCCCCCGCGCUGUGGCCUGCGCUCGGCCACCCAGGGGGCCGCCUCCCCGAAGCCCGGAGCGGGGAACGACCGGCCGCCGCGACCCCGGAGCGCCGGGAGAGGGGCGGCGAGCGGGCAGCCUCCUCGCCCCCGACCGGGCGCCAAGAGGAGGAAACCGUACGCCCGGAAGCUAAAGAGCCUGGACUCUGGCCCCGGGCCCCCGGCGGCCCCCGAGGGGGACGCUCCUUACGCCUCCCGACCGGUCCCUGAGGGUCUGUUAGACAGCCCCCUGAAAACAAGACUGGCCGAGGGGUCGCAGAGACACGGCAGCCCCGCCUCCUCGCUGGACCCCUCCGUGGUGUCGCCGCUCCGCCGCCUCAGACCGAAGGCCCCCCAGGCCAGCUCCUCCUUCACCCCCCCAGCCAAGGUGAUCUCUAAGCGCUGUGCGUCCCAAACGACGUCCACGCCCAGAAAGGGCAGCUGCGGGACUCAACCCGGCAACUCUCCGCCCUCCAGCAGACCCAGUUCCCCGCUAGACCAGCUGAGCCAAAAUGAGUCCCAGCUGUCCUCAGACCUCUCCAUAGAGUUCAGUUUACCCGAGGAGGAGCUGAUCCUCCCCUUUGAUGAGGAGGAAGAGGAGGAGGAAGAGCUGCCAUGCUUCCCGAUGCACUUUUCCAAACAGCCUGCGAGCAUCAAGGAGGGCGCCUUCGUCUGGUGCAAGUUCAGAUUGUUUCCCUUCUGGCCGGCUGUGGUGAAGAGUGUCAGACCUAAAUUGAAAAAGGCCAGCAUCCUUUGGAUCGAUCAGCCGACCAUUGACACGAAGAGGAAGGGGUUCUCUGUGUCUUUGAGGAACCUCAAACCCUUAGACUGCGAGGACGCCAAUCAGCUGGUGAGUGCAGCCAAGGCCAACUACGCUGCCAUCAUCGACUGGGCCUUUGAGAUGAUCAAUGACUACGUGCUCCGUAUUGCCUGCUGCUCCUUCACCGGCUCCUUCAUCGAAUACUCGUCACAUUGUAUGAGUUACCCGGUGAGGAGGAAGUACCCCACGGACCACGUGGAGAGGCUGGGUCUGCCCAGCCAGCCAGAGCUGGAGGAGGGGGAGCCCCACAGCGGGGGGGAGGAGAGCGUCUCGGAGGCCCCAGAGGAGGAGGGGCCGGGCGCCAAGAGGCUCCUCCCCGACCGCACCGUCGCCGCCCACAACCGCGCCAACGAGAAGCUGGUGGCCUUCAUCGUGUCCCAGAGGCUCGCCGACAGGCACCUACUGGCGGUGGUCCGCGGGCAGCAGGCCUCCCGCUGGCUCUGCUCGUUCCUGGAGGUGCGGCGGCGGCUGCAGGUGAAGCCCUACCUGGAGGACGACCGGCAGCUGGACCAGGUGUACCUGUACCUGAAGGAGCUGUUCCACCGCGUCACUGACCAAGCCCCCUGCCUGGCCAACGUCAAGUUCAUGGACGACGUGCGCUUCGUGCUGGACGUGCUGCUGCCUGAGGCCAUCAUCUCGGCCAUCGCUGGCGUCGAUAACAUUUCACUGACUAAGGCUGAGGAGAAGUAUCUAAACGGAAGAUGCAUUAGUGAGAGAGAGAGAGAAGAGUUUGAGUUGACGAUUGGCCGGAUGAGAUGAGCUCUGCGUCCUACUCUUUAGUUUUGGUCGUCCAAUGUUUGACAGUCUUUUUUUUUUAACUGCCAAUUUUUUCAUUUCAUCAAAACGAUCAAAGUGAAACUAAUUGUGUGUGUGUCUGUGCAUGCAUACAUGUUAAAGUAACUCAUGGCCUAUGGAUGUUCUAUGAGAGUGCCUGGUUAUUUAUGGUCAUCAUAGAAUAAACAAAUUUAUUCUAAACAUUUCUCUUUAGUUUUGUUUGCUGGUGUAUGUGGGACGAUUACUAACAGGGUCCGGAAUAUCCCACGACUGAAUCCAAUGAAAUGCAUAUAUAUAUUUGUAUAUAUUUAACAACAUUUAUAUUGUUAAGUCGUGAAACAUGGCCUUCCUCAUUUCCGCUGCCAAGAACAACAGAAGAGAAACAGAAAAGAGUAUAAUCUGUUGUAUAUAAACCUGGAGCCUCUGGAUCAGACGCCUCUGCUGACCUUCAGCCCAGGGUCAGAGGUCACGGGCCAACCCGCCCAUGUGGCUCUGAUGACUCCUACCGUGACCACACCUCCUUGGCUCCUCCUCCAAGCGCUGCUCUGAUUGGAUGUGUCCUGUCGGCUCCUCCCCCUCCCCGGCGUGGGAACCAUAAGCCAAGCAUUAAGACAUCUUUAUUAAACAUCCAUGGUUGAUAAGGACGCUAUUAUUCACAAAGGUUUUGACGAGUGCUACUUUGAGAUAAACGUUGUUUGUCACACAGCUGGAGCGUUUACUAUGUCAUCGGUGAAGUUUGAGAGCUUCGGAGUGAAGAUGGCGACGGAGGACGAAGAGGAGGAACAAGAGGCCCUUGUCAAACUCAGGACAUU